CAUGGCAAAGGUAGAAGGAAAUCAAUGCACAAUGUCAGAGUCUUCAUUGACGACGAGGCUGAGGUUUCUUCAGAAGCUGACGUUUCUAAUGAUGAGGAUGGUGAGGAUGACAGUUCAUCGGAUAGUUUCAUAGAUGACAGGAUGAACCCUACAGCAACAACUCAGUCCAGAGCUAGCGGAAUAGACAUGAUGGCAAUAUACAGGCGUUCUUUGCUCAGUCAAAUACCAGUUGAAGGAGGGACCAACGUUUCUGCAACAUUUAGUUGA